AUGAGUGAGCCAGCGAAACAAUUCGAAGUAAAUUCAGAGCCGACUUUAUCGAAUGCAGCUGCGACGCCAGAGUUCGGCAACGCAGGGAAUAUAUCUUUUAGAAAUCCCGUACCAUCGACGUCAACUGCAAAUGUUGGAAUCAUUGGUCCUCCAGCUUUGCCACCAAGACCUGACAUGGGAAUGGGAAUGCAACAAAGCUACGGGAUGAACCAAGGCUAUACGUCAUACGGUGGGAUGGGAAGCUAUGGCAUGGGUAACUAUGGAGGAUAUGGGAGUUACGGAGGAUUCGGAGGCUAUGGCUAUGGUAUGGGUGGACUCGGAGGCAUGGGAAUGUCGCCUUACAGUGGAUAUAAUAGAAUGGGUCCCAUGUACGGAGAAAUAGAAAGCAGAUUCAUACAAAUGGCGGAAGAAAAUUCUAGGCCAGCCUUUGACUCAAUACAAAGUUUUGUUAAUGCUGUUGGUAGUGUGGCAAUGAUGCUUGAGAACACUUUCUUUGCACUAACAAGCUCUUUCAGAGCUAUAUUAGGUGUGGCAGAAAACUUUGGUAGAUUGAGGUCACUGUUUGCACAGUUCUGGUCCACGUUUGCAGUGGUUCGGAGUCUUAAUUGGAUUAUCCGGAAGCUGCUUGUUAUCAUGGGCAUCAGGACUGAGAAUGAAUUUAAGGCUUGGGCAGCAGCAGUAGCGGCGACCCAAGAUGGCGGCGUCCCUUCAGCUCAGCCAGCGAAGGGUUCCAGUUGGCCCAUACUCAUGUUCUUCGGGGUUGUGGCUGCUGCCCCAUACCUCGUGCUCAAGAUGUUGAGCGGACUCAACUCUAGUAUCAACGAGAGAUUAAACGACCCAACAACCUGGCAGAAUCCUUUGCGAGCGGUGGCCCAACACGACUUCCAAGCGACCACUCCUCAAGAGUUAACCUUCGCAGCCAACCAGAUCCUAACCAUAGCUCCACAGCACCUUCAACCCCAACUGUGGAACUCGGGCUGGCUUAUGGCAACCAAAGACAAACAAAACGCUGGCCUCGUACCGGUCAACUACAUCAAAGUCAUCAAACCGCAGUCGAGUAAUCAGAAUGGAAGUCAAAACGAUACCACCGAUGAGAAAAUAGAAAAAACUGAGCCUGCUGUAGAGAAUUUGGACAGAUAUUAUAAUCAGGAGUUGUAA